UUUCAUUGCGCGUUUUCGAUUUCCUCUUUGUCUUCCACCCAUCGAUUUGAUUUGUAUAAAAGACUCGUUCGGUUAGUCUGCAAAUCAGUUCAAUUCCGUUUUCGGUAUUUGUAGCAAUCAAAUCAAACUAACAAAACAACAAUGGCAUUCAAAUUCAUCGCCUUCUUCGCUCUCUGCGUCGCCGCCGCCAGCGCGGGUGUCAUCGCCCCAGCUGCUCCUUUGGCCGCUGUAGCCGCCGCUCCAUUGGCUGUUGCCGCUCGUGUUGAGGAAUACGACCCACAUCCCCAGUACACCUACGGUUAUGAUGUGCAAGAUGCUCUCUCCGGUGACUCGAAGACCGCUGUGGAAACCCGUGAUGGUGGUAUCGUACAAGGUCAAUACUCCCUGAAUGACGCUGAUGGUUACCGUCGUAUUGUGGACUACACCGCCGACCCAAUCAACGGUUUCAACGCUGUUGUCCGUCGUGAACCUUUGGUUGCCCCCGUCGUAGCUGCUGCUGCUCCAGUCGUCGCUGCCCCAGCUCCAGUAGUUAGAGCCGCUGCUCUCGCCGCCCCAGUCGUUGCUGCCCCAGCUCCCGUCGUUAGAGCCGCUGCCUACGCCGCACCCGCACCAAUCGUCGCUGCUGCUCCAGCUCCCGUUGUCAGAGCCGCUGCCUACGCCGCUCCAGCUCCCCUUGUCGCCGGACCAGCAGUAGUGAGAACCCAAUUCGCUUCCCCACUCAUAUCUUACGCUUAUUAGAGAAGUUUGGACUAAGCGUGUGCCAUUAGUUGUUGAACAUUUACUAAACGGAAUAAAGUCUGAAAAUAUAUACAUAUAUCUAAAA